CUAGCUAGUUUCCAAUAUCAUCUCAGUGCAGAGGGAGUUAUUAUUAGUAAUCCGCGUCAUUAUUAUUGGGUAGCUAGAGACAUGGCUACUCUGAAGCUUAUCCCCGUUUUCCUCCUUCUGCAGUUGGUAAUCUCUGUUUUCUUCGUAGACCCCAUCACUGCGCAGGGCCUGAAAGUAGGGUUCUACAAGAAAACAUGCCCAUCUGUGGAGGCCAUAGUCAAAAAGACGACAGCACAUUUCAUCUCCAGAGCACCCACCCUCGCCUCUCCUCUAUUAAGGAUGCAUUUCCAUGACUGCUUCGUCAGGGGAUGUGAUGGUUCAGUGCUCUUGAACUCUACCGCGACCAACCAAGCUGAGAAAUCUGCAAUCCCCAACCAAAGCCUUCGCGGGUUCCAGGUCGUCGAUGCUGCAAAGGCCGCUGUAGAGAAAGCAUGUCCCGGAGUAGUCUCAUGUGCAGACAUUCUUGCCUUGGUAGCAAGGGAUGUUGUGUCCCUGAUCGAAGGACCACGUUGGGAAGUUCCCACUGGACGGCGAGAUGGAAGAGUGUCGUUGGCCUCGGAAGCCCUGACAAAUCUGCCACCCCCUUUCUUUAACAUCACCCAACUGAAGGCAUCAUUCACCAGAAAAGGUCUAAGCGUGAAAGACCUGGUGGUGCUCUCAGGUGGACACACAAUUGGCAAUUCCCACUGCCCCUCCUUCACCAACCGGCUAUACAACUUCACCGGCAAGGGAGACACUGACACCUCUCUGGAUUCCAACUACAUUCCCAAGUUGAAGAGCAAAUGCAAGCCAGGAGAUGUGACCACCAUCGUGGAGAUGGUUCCUGGCAGCUUCAAAACAUUCGACGCUGAUUACUACACGCUCGUGGCUAAGAGACGAGGACUCUUCCAAUCCGAUGCUGCUCUUCUCACCGACAGCGACACAAGGGCUUAUGUCAAGCUCCAGGCUUCCACCCAUGGAUCUACCUUCUUCCAGGAUUUUGGGGUGUCCAUGGUCAACAUGGGUAACAUUGGAGUCCUUACUGGCUCCGCUGGUGAAAUCAGGAAACAUUGUGCUUUCGUUAACUGAUGAGCAACGUCUACUUUUUGAAUUUGGACUUUGGAGCAUAAUAGAUUUUGUCGCUGUUGCGUGUCACUUGGCCUUGGCGUUCCAACUUCCUAGGUCUGAUGAAGGGGAAGGAUAAUACUGAGAGGACAACGCCCUUCCCCAGGCUUUUUUCACUGUUGAUCUGGAAUAUUGUGUGCUCCCACGUUAGUCUAGCUAUUGGUGUUUUUUUUUUUUUGGUUCAAUAUGUAACAACUAAACAAUAAAGUAUGCUCCUCUUGCUUUAAUUUCUUCGA